AUGAAUGAACGCGAACGAGAACGCUCCGCCACGAUUUACUACGACGCCCAGGAGAAGUUGUAAAUUUCGUCCUUUUUUCGGCAUUUUUUGUAUGAUAAUUAUGUUUUUUUUAGAGUUUAUUAAUGAUCGAGAAUUUCUUUUUAUUCAAAUUGAAAGAAUACCCUGUUUUUUUAAAAAAAUUUCAUUUUCAUGAAAAAUAAAAAUUUUUUUAUCAGAAUUUUCUUACUUUUUGAGUCUCAUGAUCAUCAUUAUCAGUGAAUUUUUUUAUAUUGAAGUCAAUAAAAAAACUGUUUUUUUAAAAAUAUAUUUUUCUAUGGAGGUUCUAACUUUACUAUGUUCGGCAAAGAACCAUGCUAAAAUUCUCGAAUAUUGAUUAGUCAAUUCCAACUUCAUAUAUUAUUAUUUCUUUUUGACAAUUUUUACUGAAUGAGACCUAGAAAAUGAGCAGAAUAUAUUCAGUUCUUAGUAGUUAAUGGAACGUACGAUAUAAAUUUGCUUUCUAACUCCUGAAUUGCUUUUCUGGUUAUGAAAGAUGAACUACAUUUUUCAGCUUCUAAAAUUUUUUUUUUGAACAUUUUUUCUCGUGAUUCAAGCUUUAAAUAAUAGUUUUUUUUGGUUAUGUUCAUGAUUAAGAAGUUAAUUUUUUUCAAUAUUCAAGCUCUAAAUGGAAGAAUUUUUUUGAUAAAAAAAGUAAAUAAUGCUUUUUUUCUUAAAAAAAUGUUCUUCUCAGUUUUAAUGGUUCUCCUCCGAUAAGUGGAGAAAGUGGUGUAUAUUCUAUUUUUAUUUUGACAAUAUUUUCGGACUGAGAGCUAAAAAUAAUGGAAAAUAUUUAUCAUUCAUGAGUUUGGAAGUUAUUUUCCACUUUUUGGUUGUUUUUCUGCUUUCAAUUACAUUUAUUUCAAUUUUCCUUAUUUCAAGGCGUAUUCAAAGAGUUUUUCUUGAAAUUCGAGCUUUAAAUGGAACAAGUUUUUUCCAGUGAAAAUCAGAAAAUGGAUGCUUUUUCACCUUCACUCCAUUUUUUUCAACUUUACUCAAUUCUAGUGGUACUCCGGUGAACGAAGAAGGUGUCGACGAGGUCUACGUGUCCCAGCAACGGCGAACUUAUUCCUUUCAACGACGUGACGCCCCCGCCACCGGCGUCUCGUCCGUUAUUCAGGUGUGCUAAUUGCUUUUUUCCUUUGUUUUGGAAUCAUCAAUUUUGUGGAUAAAAAUGUACUGAUUAUCGAUUCCUAUAUCCUUCAUUCCCCUUUAUGAAAAAUUAUAGUUCGUUUCGAAAGCCGAAGAUGAUAAUUAUCAGAAAAAAACGAUCCUUUCUUCCCUUAAUCUUUUAAAAAGGUCGUCUUAGUGAAUGUCUAAUAUCUUUCCUAUUGUAUAAUUCAUCAAUUUGCUUCUAGCAGAGAUCUGAAAAAAAAGAAAAAAAAAUUUUUUUAAUACUUAUAGAUGGCUUUUUUUUUAUUUGAACGUUUUUCGAAUAAAAAAGAUUUUUUCAUUAGGAGUGAGCUUUUGAUUUCUUUUGAUUUCAGUUCCAUUAGUUAAGUUUUCUUCUCGUUCCAAAUUUUUUCAAUUUCUGGGAAAUUCUUCUGCACGUUUAAAAUAAAAAAGUAAACGUGUAUGCGCAAUUUUUAAAAUCGACAGUUUUCCGAGAAACAGUAAUUUCGCCUGUUGGUCGAAGAAAUAUUGAACGUUUUAUAGAUUUUUCAGGUUUUUUUCAAAAUUGUAGUUAUGAUGUCACUUACGAAUUUAAGCUAAAAACUUACUCAUGUUGAUAAUUUUUUUGAAGUUUUUGUUUCAUUCUUUAAAAGUAUCUAUUUUUUUUCACUGCGAAUUCUCUCAUUUCUCUCAUUUUUUUCAAAGCAGUUAUUUUUUUAUUUACUAUUUUAUUUAGUUAGAAGGUGUUUUUUUUCUGGAAUUUUUCAUGUAAAAUUUAAGAUUGGGAGUUGAAAAGAUGCAUUUAACUUUUUUUUAAAUAGGAAAUCAAGAGGAUUUUUCUCUUUAGACCUUUCCCAGUUGAACUGUGAGGAAAUAGUUAUGAGGGGUUUUUUCGAAUUUAACCUCUUCAGAAUUAUUCUGUGUAGUUCACUUCAGCAAAUGCGUUGAAUGCCGAAUUCGCUGGUAUAUUAAUUCUAGAACCGAUAUUUGAUCUUAUAAGAUAAUUUUUUUUCUUGAUUCAGUGUUUGUUUAAACUUCCCCUAAUGAUUAUUAUACUUCAUACUUCUUUUUUUUUCUUCGAAGUUUUGACCUCUCUAAAUUUACAAAACUUCUCUUCUUUCAGUUGAAAUAUCGAAUGCCUAAUUGGGCAGUAAAUAUUUUCUAAACCUUUUUUUUUAGCGCUCCUUCAAACUUUUCACAACAAUUAGUUAUCGUCUUUAAAUUUUUUUUUUCAAAAGUUUGACCUCUUCCAACUUGGGCAACUUUUUUUUGAAACGAGACGUCGAAAACCGAAUUUCGCGGUUUAAAAGUUCUAGGCGUUGAUUUAUUCUAUAAGCCUUUUUUUCUUUCAAUUAGCGCUUUUUCAAACGUUUAACAACAAUCAGUAAGGUUCAUGCAUUUUUUGUCAUCAGUUUGACUUCUUCAAACUAUUUUCUUUCAGUCGAUGCGCCGUCUGCCCAACUCGGCGGCGCCGGUGACGAUGCCGCCGUCGCAGCCGGACUACGACUAUCCCUCCCCCUCGAAGGGACAUUCGGCGGCUUUGGCGCGACUCUCGGCCUCGCCCAGCUCCCAGCAUCGCCAGAAACCCAUCGUCGACUAUGAAGACUUUGUCCCGGGUAACAACCGCGGGAAGCCCUCCUCCUCCUCUUUGGCGGCCUUCAAAAGGCAGAACAGCGGCGAGGUCAUGGAGUUGUCGUAUUCGAGGAGGGGCGCCGCUUCUGGAGAUCUUCCGCCACCUCAUCCUUCCCACGGGGGAGCUUACCAACAACACCAUCCUCCUAGGCCCAAGGACUUUCCUGUGGUUGUUGGAUGUUCGUAUUUAAUUGAAUUUAUUGAAAUAUUCAUGGUCAUAUUAAUCCGUUUUUCUCGGCUUGAAACGUUCAUGUGCAGCGUUUGCGAUGCGUUUUUGAAUCUUUUUCUCGUUUCAUGAAAAAGGCUGAUUGCUCAGUCGGGCUAAAACGGGCUCUCAGCGGGUUCCCCCGUAUAAAACCCAUAUAAGCACGGCUUGUAGAUCUUUUGGCAUUUUUUCACCCAGCUAAGACAGAUUUUUCUUGGUAUUCAGCUCUAAACGUCUGAGUUUCUUCUGGGGGAAGUUAUGAGGGGAAAAUUGAUUUUUCAUGGCUUUGUGAGAUUGUAUUAGAGUUUACAGCGCCUUUUUUAAAGAAGCAUAAUUUUUCAGCUUCAUCUAGCAAAUCAAGAACGAGAGAUUUUCAUAAAGAUAAGCUUACCUUCUUCGUUACCUGCACUUCAAAAUUAUAACAUUUUUCUUUUUUCAGCCUACGGAAACGACCGGGAAAAGGCUGACAUCUCAUUCACGAGAAGGAAUAGUGGAGAACAACGACGGAGGGACGAGGAAUCGUACCUUCGGUACGGGUCCCCGCCCCAACUCAACGUCAACCAACACCAAAACCCGCAAGGACCGCAGUUCUACCACGGCUUCCGGGAAACCAAAGCCAACUCUCAAGGGCAGAGAUUUGGAUCCAGUGGAUCCGCUUCUCGGUUAGUUUUCGUGGAGGGGAGAAUAGAGCAAGUUGUCUGCACUAUUGAGCACGAUGUAAAAUUUUCCUUCAUUUUUAAUAUUAUGACUAUAUCAGUGAAAUCACAUAGCGCCAGCUUGUCCCGAUUUUGAUUUCCCUCCCUGCUACAGAACCCUUAACUUCGACGCGCGCGGGCUGCCUCUGUGCAUGCGCCUUUAAUAGAACGGGGAUUGUAGACUAAAUAAAAAACUUCAGUUUUGGGGUUUGAAUAUUUGAAAUUUAUCAUGAAGGUUCCGACUGCGGUACCGUAAGUGGGAAAUAUCGGCAAACUUAAAGUAUAGCUGAUCCACGGCUGGUUUGAGACAUCGAAAAAAGGGUCUGACACGAUGAGAAAAGAGACAGUGCCUGGUUGGAUGAGGGCGCAGACAGGCCACGCCCCUUUGCCCCCAAGUCGCGAAUCGGCUGUGAAUUUGCCAAAAGUUGCCAAAUUUAAAUGAAGCUCGAUUUUUGAAAAUUGCCUAGCUAGGCGCUGCCAAUUCUAAGAAUAUCUAGGCGCUGCCAAUUCUAAGAAUUUCUAGGCGCUGCCAAUUUUGAGAAUAUCUAGGCGCUGCCAAUUUUGAGAAUUUCUAGGCGCUGCCAAUUCUAAGAAUAUCUAGGCGCUGCCAAUUUUGAGAAUAUCUAGGCGCUGCCAAUUUUAAGACUAUCUAGGCGCUGCCAAUUUUGAGAAUAUCAGGCGCUGCCAAUUUUGAGAAUAUCUAGGCGCUGCCAAUUUUAAGACUAUCUAGGCGCUGCCAAUUUUGAGAAUAUCAGGCGCUGCCAAUUCUAAGAAUAUCUAGGCGCUGCCAAUUCUAAGAAUUUCUAGGCGCUGCCAAUUUUGAGAAUAUCUAGGCGCUGCCAAUUUUGAGAAUUUCUAGGCGCUGCCAAUUCUAAGAAUAUCUAGGCGCUGCCAAUUUUGAGAAUAUCUAGGCGCUGCCAAUUUUAAGACUAUCUAGGCGCUGCCAAUUUUGAGAAUAUCAGGCGCUGCCAAUUCUAAGAAUAUCUAGGCGCUGCCAAUUCUAAGAAUUUCUAGGCGCUGCCAAUUCUAAGAAUUUCUAGGCGCUGCCAAUUUUAAGAAUUUCUAGGCGCUGCCAAUUUUGAGAAUAUCUAGGCGCUGCCAAUUUUGAGAAUUUCUAGGCGCUGCCAAUUCUAAGAAUUUCUAGGCGCUGCCAAUUCUAAGAAUUUCUAGGCGCUGCCAAUUUUGAGAAUAUCUAGGCGCUGCCAAUUUUGAGAAUUUCUAGGCGCUGCCAAUUCUAAGAAUAUCUAGGCGCUGCCAAUUUUGAGAAUAUCAGGCGCUGCCAAUUCUAAGAAUAUCUAGGCGCUGCCAAUUCUAAGAAUUUCUAGGCGCUGCCAAUUCUAAGAAUUUCUAGGCGCUGCCAAUUUUGAGAAUAUCUAGGCGCUGCCAAUUUUGAGAAUUUCUAGGCGCUGCCAAUUCUAAGAAUAUCUAGGCGCUGCCAAUUUUGAAAAUAUCUAGGCGCUGCCAAUUUUAAGACUAUCUAGGCGCUGCCAAUUUUGAGAAUAUCAGGCGCUGCCAAUUCUAAGAAUAUCUAGGCGCUGCCAAUUUUGAGAAUAUCUAGGCGCUGCCAAUUUUGAUGCCGUGUUCAAAGUAAUUUCCGCGAAAUGCAAAAUACCCGUUAGAGAAAGAAUAUCUAGGCGCUGCCAAUUUUGAGAAUAUCUAGGCGCUGCCAAUUUUGAGAAUAUUCUAAGAAUAUCUAGGCGCUGCCAAUUUUGAGAAUAUCUAGGCGCUGCCAAUUUUGAGAAUAUCUAGGCGCUGCCAAUUUUGAGAAUAUCAGGCGCUGCCAAUUCUAAGAAUAUCUAGGCGCUGCCAAUUUUGAGAAUAUCUAGGCGCUGCCAAUUUUGAGAAUAUCUAGGCGCUGCCAAUUUUGAGAAUUUCUAGGCGCUGCCAAUUUUGAGAAUAUCUAGGCGCUGCCAAUUCUAAGAAUUUCUAGGCGCUGCCAAUUUUGAGAAUAUCUAGGCGCUGCCAAUUUUGAGAAUUUCUAGGCGCUGCCAAUUUUAAGACUAUCUAGGCGCUGCCAAUUUUGAGAAUAUCAGGCGCUGCCAAUUCUAAGAAUAUCUAGGCGCUGCCAAUUCUAAGAAUUUCUAGGCGCUGCCAAUUCUAAGAAUUUCUAGGCGCUGCCAAUUUUGAGAAUAUCAGGCGCUGCCAAUUCUAAGAAUAUCUAGGCGCUGCCAAUUUUGAGAAUAUCUAGGCGCUGCCAAUUUUGAGAAUAUCUAGGCGCUGCCAAUUUUGAUGCCGUGUUCAAAGUAAUUUCCGCGAAAUGCAAAAUACCCGUUAGAGAAAGAAUAUCUAGGCGCUGCCAAUUUUGAGAAUAUCUAGGCGCUGCCAAUUUUGAGAAUAUUCUAAGAAUAUCUAGGCGCUGCCAAUUUUGAGAAUAUCUAGGCGCUGCCAAUUUUGAGACUAUCUAGGCGCUGCCAAUUAUAAGACUAUCUAGGCGCUGCCAAUUUUGAGAAUAUCUAGGCGCUGCCAAUUUUGAGAAUAUCUAGGCGCUGCCAAAUUUGAGAAUAUCUAGGCGCUGCCAAAUUUGAAAAUAUCUAGGCGCUGCCAAUUUUGAGAAUAUCUAGGCGCUGCCAAUUUUGAGAAUAUCUAGGCGCUGCCAAUUCUAAAAAUAUCUAGGCGCUGCCAAUUCUAAGAAUUUCUAGGCGCUGCCAAUUUUGAGAAUAUCUAGGCGCUGCCAAUUCUAAAAAUAUCUAGGCGCUGCCAAUUCUAAGAAUUUCUAGGCACUGCCAAUUUUGAGAAUAUCUAGGCGCUGCCAAUUUUGAGAAUAUCUAGGCGCUGCCAAUUUUAAGACUAUCUACACUAAGAAUAACUGACGAGAUAAACGCGAGGUCGGUGGCGGUACAUUGACGAGCUCGCAAACAUCUCGCUUUUUUCUAGGCGCGAUCUCGCAUUUAUCUCGGCGCGACCUCGCAUUUUUCUUGGCGCCAUCUCGCAUUUAUCUCGCAUUUCGGAAAUUUUCAAAUUGCGAGAGAAAUGCGAGCUCGCGCCUAGAAAAAUGCGAGCUCGCGCCCAGACAAAUGCGAAACCGGCGCGAGAAAAAAAGCGAGAUAUUUGCGAGCUCGUCAAUGUACCGCCAGUGUCUCGCGUUUAUCUCGGCAGUUAUUCUUAGUGUAGGCGCUGCCAAUUUUGAGAAUAUCUAGGCGCUGCCAAUUUUAAGACUAUCUAGGCGCUGCCAAUUUUGAGAAUUUCUAGGCGCUGCCAAUUUUGAGAAUAUCUAGGCGCUGCCAAUUUUGAGAAUAUCUAGGCGCUGCCAAAUUUAAAAGAAAAGAUCAAGAACUCUUCGCCCUGCAUGCGCCUUCAAUAACGCCUGACAUUACUGUCUUAUUAAAGGCACCUACAAAGAGAAAGGUCGCGCGCAUCGAAAGAAAGUUUCUAGGAAUAUUCCUUUAACUCAGAUCUCUCGGAAUCACAAGCUACUGCGGAAUGAGCUAAAAACUGGUCUUAAACUGUAAAAAAUCUUUAUGAAUAAAUAGCCAAAAAGUACGGUCACAAAAUUUUGAUUUCUAUGAAUUUUUUACGAUAUCAGACACCUCUACGAAGAAGUUCCAACGUCGGCGCCUUACGAAUCUUCGGCCAGGGAAACGGAUAUUCUUGGCGAUGAUGACCUUGGCCACGGUCAUCAGCAUGUUCCAGUUCUUUUCAAACCUCAGGUUUCAAAUUUGACUUUUUUUCGUUUUUGUACGAGGUCUUAAUGGAUAAUCUGAAGAAAAAGAGAAAGAAAAACAGUUUUCAUGAAAGAUUUUUAUUCACAAACCAGUGUGAUCCCUGAGCAGUUCCUUUACACAUAACAUUUAAAGGUAAAAUUUUGAGAGUUUUGUAAUUUUUUUUGCGACCUAUUGGAAAUAUAUACUAUUUUUGAUUUUGUGCUUACUGUGAAACUGAAAAAUAGUUUAAUCUAUGCAAAAUUAACAUUUUUGAAGCAAAAAAGUUGGAUGGUGACUUGUUAGGCAGAGAAUUCGACGAAAAGUGGUUUUUUAAAGUUUAAAUCUUCAAAAAAGGAUUUUUUAAGUUUUAAGAAGACUUAUUUAGGUUCUAUAAGGAUUUUUAUCUCAAUUAAAGCUAGAAGUCUCGAUUUAUUUUUUUUUUUCAGCAAAAUCCGAAUCGAAGCCGUUUGGAGCCGGAAGAAGUCGAUAGUGAUGGUCAUUCUGGUGUUUAUCAGCCGGGAAAAUAUCAACCUUGUGAGGAGAUUUUCUUUUUCGAUUUUUAAGUUCGGGGAGUGUCUAAAUUGCAUUUAGGAAAAUAUGGGGUUCAUAGAAACUUUCUAGAAGAACAGAAAAUUGGGUGAAGAGAGGUUUGGAGUUAAAAAAUAGGGAAUUUUGGGUUUCAGUGGUGGAGAUUUGACGAUCUGCCGGGACUUUUUUUAUAACUUUAUUAUUUUUUUCUGUUUUCGGAAUAAUUGAAAUUAUAACUCUCCGACUUUUUUUCUUUGAUUUUGUGACGAAGAAUUGUCAUCAAUGUAUUAAUUUUAUGGAAAUUUCAAAAGUAGUUCUCCAAUCCCUACGUUUCGUAGCAACUAGAAACUCCGAGAAAAACUUUAAAAAUGACUGGGAUUCUCUAAAAAGCAAAAAAAGAAAGGAACGAGGCUGCCGAAUCUCUGAAUCGCAAAUGAGCCGAUUUUUUUCAUUCCAAAAAGCGAAGAUCCUUCUGUUUUCUUUCCUAUUUAAAGGCAUCUUUUUUUAGAAAAAAAUUAGAUUUUUUUGAAAUUUUUAAAUUUUUUUAUUCUGAAGAGCGUCCUGAAAGAUAUCAGAAUGAUGAUUCUCGAAAGUGGAUUAUUUGAACAGUUUUUUAAUUUUCUCCUGAAUUUUUAGUCAUUUUGUUCAUUUUCGAGCUUCUUGUCACUGUAGUGAUCACUUCCAAGCUUCAAAUCACUGUAGGAGUUCUUUUCUAG